AUGGAGUAUAAUAGGUGGAGUUACGCUUUAAGCCCAAUUGGAGCCACUACCAAACCCCAUCUUGUGGUUAACGUAGCCCUGGCAAUCACCCUGGACGAUGUUUGCACAUCCUCCUAUGUGGCAGCGCACCUACCGGCCAGCGGCUACUACGGCGAUUAUGCGAUCAGCGUGAACGCAGAUUCCGUUACGGCAAACCCGGUCACCAAUUACACUGUUGGCCCUGUGGACUCGCCCAUGUUCCCAGCCGCUAACUUCGACCAUUGUAAUGUGACCUUCACAUACAGUCACGAUGGCCGCGGAGACGCCGUGCUGUUGACUUUCUGGUUGCCCGCGCCCCAUGCCUUCCAGAAUCGAUAUCUGGCUACUGGCGGAGGGGGCUACGCGAUCAAUUCGCGGCUCGGGUCACUUCCUGGUGGUGUGAUGUACGGUGCGGUGGCCAGCCAAACGGAUGGUGGUUUUGGCCAAUAUCAGACAGAUGCGUUAUCUACCUUUCUGAUCCAGAAUGGCACCAUACACUGGCAGAAUGUGUACAUGUUUGGGUAUCAAGCAAUACGAGAGCAGAGCCUGCUCGGAAGGGAAUUCUCGAGACUCUUCUUCAACUUGACUGAGACAGACAAGCUCUACAAGUAUUACCAAGGCUGUUCCGAGGGUGGCCGUGAAGGUUGGAGCCAAGCGCAGCGUUUUGAAGAUGCCUACGACGGGGCUGUCAUCGGCGCUCCAGCCUUUCGAUUUGCCUUCCAACAGGUCCAACAUCUAUAUGCCAACGUUGUCGAACAGACAAUGGGGUACUUCCCGCCCCCUUGCGAGCUUCAGAAGAUCAUGAAUGAGACCAUCGUGGCCUGCGACCCUCUCGAUGGGAAGGCUGACGGUGUAGUCGCACGCAGGGAUUUGUGUACCGCGAACUACAACAUCAACGCGACGCUAGGCCUGCCUUACUCUUGUGCUGCAGCGCCAGCGGGGCCGUUCACUUCUGCCACUCCCGCACAGAACGGUACCGUCUCAGCCCAGGGGAUUGCCCUGGCACAGAAAACACUGGAGGGCCUGCAUGACGACGACGGCAAACGGGCGUACUUCAGCUACACGCCGUCCUCCAGCUUUACUGACGCCCAGACGGUUCUCCUUAAUCUCGAGGAGGGCGAGAACUUGGCAAAUCUCGACAAUGUCACGUACAGCACGCUCCGCGACUGGAUCUGGAAAGGAUGGAAUCGCUACAACGACGUCCUCAUGACCAACUGGCCCGAUAUUUCCCCACUCAAGAACUCGGGCGCCAAGAUCCUGCACUACCACGGCGAGUCUGACUUUUCAAUUUCCACCGCGUCUUCGGUCCGGUACUACGAGCCUGUCCGCUCGAUCCUGAACCCGGGCGCAACAUACAAUGAGAGCAUCGAGGCGAUGAACGACUUCUACAAGCUGUUCCUCGUGCCGGGCGGCGCUCACUGCAACUACAACCCUUAUGAGCCGAACGGGCCGUGGCCACAAACCAACCUUGCGCUACUGAUCGACUGGGUGGAGAAUGGCAAUGAGCCUCUCACCUUAAACGCGACGAUCCUGCAGGGCGAGAACCUGGGCCAGAGUCAGCAGAUAUGCGCAUGGCCUCUCAGGCCGCUCUGGGCAAACAAUGGCACCUCGCUGGAGUGUGUGUACGACCAGAGCAGCAUUGACAGCUGGAAGUAUGAUCUGGAUGCAUUCCCUAUGCCUGUGUACUGA